AUGGUGAAAGGACAACAACUAGAAGUGCUGAAUGCACUUGAUGUUGCGAAAACACAAUGGUACCAUUUUACAGCAAUUGUGAUUGCUGGUAUGGGAUUCUUUACAGAUGCAUACGAUUUGUUUUGCUCUUUGUUGACAAAGCUUCUAGGCCGCAUUUACUAUGAUGUACCUGGAGCAAGUAAGCCAGGAGCAUUGCCUAUUAAUGUCUCAGCUGCUGUAAGUGGAGUUGCCCUUUGUGGGACUCUAGCUGGACAACUCUUCUUCGGCUGGCUCGGAGACAAAAUGGGGAGGAAGAAGGUGUAUGGUAUUACAUUAGUUAUGAUGGUUGCAAUGUCCAUUGCCUCUGGUCUCUCCUUUGGGAGCACCGCCAAGAGUGUCAUGACAACACUUUGCUUCUUUCGUUUUUGGCUUGGAUUUGGUGUUGGAGGAGAUUACCCUCUAUCUGCCACCAUCAUGUCUGAGUAUGCUAAUAAGAAGACUCGUGGAAGUUUCAUCGCCGCUGUCUUUGCUAUGCAAGGUAUGGGUAUCUUAGCUGGUGGGAUUGUUUCCUUGAUUGUUUCAUCCGCAUUUGAGGCCAAAUUCAAGCCUCCCCCUUACAAAGUAAACGCGGUUGCCUCCCUACCACCGGAGUGUGAUUACAUUUGGCGUAUUGUCUUGAUGUUUGGAGCCAUACCUGCCGCCACAACAUACUAUUGGCGUAUGCAAAUGCCUGAAACAGCUAGGUACACUGCUCUUGUGGCAAAGGAUGCUAAGCAAGCUGCUUCAGACAUGUCCAAAGUUCUCAAGGUUCAAAUAGAUGCCGAGGAGGAAAAGGUUGACAAAAUAGCAAAGAGUGAGAGGAAUCAAUUUGGACUUUUCACAAAACAAUUUGCUCGCCAAUACGGUCUUCGUCUCCUAGGAACUACCAGCACGUGGUUCUUACUCGACAUUGCAUUUUAUAGUCAAAACCUUUUCCAAAAAGAUCUUUUCACCUCUAUUGGGUGGAUCCCACCAGCAGCAGAUAUGAAUGCUAUUAGGGAAGUGUAUAUGGUAGCAAGAGCUCAAACCUUGAUCGCUCUUUGUGGAACUGUCCCCGGAUAUUGGUUUACUGUUGCUUUCAUAGAUAUUAUUGGUCGUUGGUGGAUUCAGAUGAUGGGAUUCUUUUUCAUGACCGUCUUCAUGUUUGCUAUUGCCUUUCCUUACAAAUAUUGGCAACAAAAAGAGAAUCGCAUUGGGUUCAUUAUCAUGUAUGGGCUCACCUUCUUUUUUGCCAACUUUGGUCCUAAUGCCACUACCUUUGUUGUGCCUGCUGAGGUCUUCCCAGCUAGAUUGAGAUCUACAUGCCAUGGUAUAUCUGCUGCAACAGGAAAAGCUGGUGCCAUAAUAGGUGCCUUUGGAUUUGUGUACGCGUCACAAGAGAAAGAUCCGGCUAAGAGAGAUCAUGGUUAUCCCGCCGGAAUUGGGAAGAGUAAGUCUCUUAUCGUGCUUGGUGUCAUCAACUUCUUAGGUAUGGUGUGCACUCUAAUGGUUCCUGAAUCAAAGGGUAAGUCUCUUGAAGAAUUAGCUGGGGAGGUUGAAAUCGAUGAAGUUGAUGAUGAACGCAAGGAAUCUGCUUGAUUUAAACUAUGGUGACUUGAAGAUGUUGCCUUCUGGUCAAUUCCAGAAUUACCAGAUUUUUAAAAUUAUUUUUACCUCUUGUUUUUGUUAUUUGUAUUGAGCACCAAUGAUUAGUUGGGUUCAAAACCCGCUUGCCUUCAUAAUGUUUUUAAAAUUAUUUAUUUUGCUACUAAUUAAAAGUAGCUAAUGGAUAUUCCAAUACAAAGUACUCCAUAUAACUUUGUACUCCUUUUUCAAAUAUACUAAAUAUGUCUCUUUUUAAUAAUUCAUUGUCGCACUUUUUUUUUUAUAUACUUUCUCUAUUGUUUAUUUAUUUAUUGCACCAU